AUGGAUGUGAUGCAGCCUAAAUACAGAAAGAUUCGUCCUAUAACAAUAAUAUCUACCACAAAAAAAGUUGGUUCAAAAAAAUUGAAAAGAAAAAGGGACGAACUUUCAGAUAUUGAAAUAAAUAAAGAAGUGGAUCAAUCUGGGUCAAAUGAAGUUGAAGAAACUUCAAAUUUAAACGAUGAAGAAACUUUAAAUACGGAUAAUGUUACCAAUGGUACCAAUAAUCAACAGAAUAUGGAUCGAUCUACGACAAAAAAUUCUGCACGAAAAAAGGUUAAAAUAAAUAAAGUUAUUAAACGAGACGAAAGUGUUGAAAAUGAGGAUUCGAAUUUGAAAGUUGGUAAGAAUGAAACCACCUCCAAUAAAUUGAAAAACAAGAAUACCAAAAUUUCUGACCGAAAAGAAAUUUCAACUAUAGAAAAUCAUCGUAAUAAUAUUAUUAAUAAUGAAGAUCCCGUGGAUGAAUUAAAUAACGUUGCGACACCAAAUACCAUUGAAGGUGAUGAUGAUUUUUCAACACCGAAAACAAUGGAUUCAACCACUACUUCUACAAGACCAAGGCGAAAUAGUAUGCCAGGUCAGAAAAAAAGGAAAAAUAGUGUGACACCUGCACAACGAAGAAAUUCCACUUCAUCAAGGGGAAGAAGGAAUUCAUCAUCAAGAGGAAGACCAAGAACCGUAAAACCGGUUAUUGAUGAACAUGAUUCUGACAAAGAUCUUUCAUCGAUCCUUGAGAUAUCAAAUAAUAAUUCACAAGUAGAUCAAACUGAAAUUUCAACUCAAUCAAGAACCGUUGACACCCGAUCAAAAUCAAAACGACGACGUGGUGCCAAGAUUUCUCAUUCUGACGAUGAAGAUUACGUCAACCAAACACGUAAUAAUAAUAAUUCAGCUGACAAGAUUCGUGGUUCAACUGCUGAUACAUCAUUAACAACACCCACACGAGUGAAGAUUAAAAGGCUCGAAAGUUUAGAAGAUUCACUUUCAGAUAAUGAUAAUACAUUCAAAGGAGAUCGACGCAAUGGAAGAUUUACAGAUGAUGAACAGUUUUCAGAUGUUGAAAUUGAUUUAAAGUCAAAAUCAAAUAUGUUUGACCUCUUCUGUGGUAAAUUAACACCUGAAGAAGCUGAUACAACGAAAACACGACCUGACCAAAAGGACAAAGUAAUGUUUGAAUAUGCAAAGAUUCAAGCAGAAUCGGCAAUGUCACCGAAGCCGAAAAAAGAAAUAACUUUGGAAAUUGAUGAUCAACCUCAAGUAUUUGCCGAUGCUACACCUAAAAUACGGACGAUUCGAUUUGGUGAUUGGGAAAUGGAUACUUGGUUCGUUUCUCCUUACCCAGAAGAAUAUAGUGUGAACCCCAUGUUACACAUUUGUGAAUUUUGUUUGAAGUAUAUGAAAAGUGAAUAUAUCGCCGAUCGACACAAGAUGAAAUGUCCAAUGCGGCAUCCGCCUGGUGAUGAAAUUUAUAGAGAUGGACCUAUCUCUAUUUUUGAAGUAGAUGGUCGGAAAAACAAGGUUUAA